CCCCGCCAACCCUUGGCCUUCUCGACAACGUCAGCUAUGCGCCUGUUGUAGUCUGUCCAAUUCCGCAAAGCUGUGGAGCUACACCUAAUUUUCUCCUUUACGGUAACCUUAUGCGAUCCCGGGCCGCCUAGGAGCUGUUACCGAAGCCAACACUCUUCCGACCUCGAACCACCCAUCUUUUACCCCAACACACACCCCAAAAACACACUCGACCGAAACUCGCACAUUGCGCCACUGAUUCGAAAGGUCGACGACACGAUCCCGACACGAGAAGUGGUGGCAUAGCAGACGAUGGCAGGUUAUCCGGGUCAGCGUCCUUACGGCGGUGGCCCUCCCGCGCCUCGUCCUGGCCCCGGACCGGGCCCAGCGCCCGCGCAGCGGGGUCCUCCUCAGCAGUAUGACAACUUCCAGCAGGAUGGAUAUGGUUACGACUACUAUGAUGACGGCGGCUACGACCAAAACUAUGGCGGACAGUACCAGGACCCCAACUACGGCAGAGGUCCGCCGCCGAACCAAGGCUACCCGCCGCAGGGCAUGUAUCCCCCAAACCCGAUGCCGCCGCCACCGCAACAGCAGCAGCAGCAACUGCCUCCGCCUCAGAAUGCAGGGUAUGGGGGACCUGGAGAGUUCGGAGGCGAUCAGGAUGGAUACCGAGAUACUAGGGCGUCAUUCGGCGAUGUCUACGACGCCUAUUACCAACCUUCACGCAUGAGUAACCAAAGCGCCCACAGUUACGGUCACCAUGAUGCUCCCGAGUACAAUGGGGCACCUUCGCAUGCUCCUCGCGGUUCUUUUGAACAGCACAUGCGCCCAGGCAUUGCCGAACACACGCAGCCGGGCGCUAAGCGCGUUCCGGAAAUGAGUCGAACCAAAUCGCAGCCAGAUCUUCGACAGUCGCAGCAGGCUGUCUUUGAGAUGGCCGGUGACGCUCCUCCAAUGCCGCCAAUGGGUAACGGCUACCAGGACGCAUACAACCAGCCCAACGGCUGGGACCAACCACAGAAUCCGCAGAUGGGGCGUCCUGGUCUGCCCCAAGGCCCUUCCCCUAAUCGAGGCCCCGAUUCUCUGCCAUCUCAUCCAGCUCCCGUGCGACCUGGCCACAUGCCUAAUUCCAUGGUUGUCAAGUCAACACCGAACGAUCAAGAGACUGCCAUGAGACUAGCGAAGCGACUGGUGGAGGCGGCCGAUGUUCUGGCCCCGAAUCUUGCCGAUCCGAAGAUGAAGACCCGUGCCCGGGAGAGAUAUCUUGCCGACGCAAACAAGAUUCUCAAGAAGUUGUCGAGCGCGCAAAACUCUGAAGCAAUGUUUUUCUAUGCUGACUGCCUAGGCCGUGGCUUGUUUGGACUGGAGCCUGACAACAAGGAGGCCUUUACAUUGUACCAGUCGGCUGCUAAGCUUGGACAUGCGGCUGCGGCGUACAGAACGGCAGUCUGCUGUGAGAUUGGACAUGAAGAAGGUGGUGGCACAAGAAAGGAUCCCCUCAAGGCCAUCCAAUGGUACAAGAGAGCUGCCACGCUCGGUGAUACGCCAGCCAUGUACAAGGUCGGUAUGAUCUUGCUCAAGGGGCUUCUUGGCCAGCCAAAGAAUCCUCGCGAGGCUGUAGGGUGGCUCAAGAGAGCUGCUGAAAGAGCUGACGCGGAGAAUCCUCACGCAUUGCAUGAACUGGGUCUGCUCUACGAGUCUGCAGCACCCAACGAUGCCAUCAUCAAGGACGAGGCUUAUGCCUUCCAGCUGUUCCGAGAGGCGGCCGACCUCGGCUACAAGUUUUCACAAUAUCGUCUCGGCUGCGCCUUCGAGUAUGGUCUGAUGGGCUGCCCCGUUGACCCCCGCCAGUCCAUUAUGUGGUACUCCCGCGCAGCUCAGCAAGGCGAGCACCAAUCUGAGCUGUCACUCAGUGGAUGGUACCUUACUGGUACCGAUAACGUCUUGCAGCAGAGCGAUACCGAGGCUUACCUGUGGGCGCGCAAGGCUGCCACGGCCGGUCUGGCCAAGGCCGAGUACGCGAUGGGUUACUUUACCGAGGUGGGCAUUGGUGUGCCGGCCAACAUGGAGGAUGCAAAGCGAUGGUACUGGAGAGCAGCUGCCCAAGAUUUCCCCAAGGCACGUGAACGGCUCGAAGACCUCAAGCGCGCCGGCAAGAACGGUCCCCGACAGCGCGAGCGCAUUUCUCGCAGCAAGAUUGGCAAGCAACAAGAGGGCGAGUGCUCCGUUAUGUAGGCGGCAAGUCAUUACCCAACGCAACAACUUGAUGUAAUACGAACGGUCCGGGCUGGGUUCCUGUGUCGACCGCAACGACGACCACGAACAGAGGAUGAAGAGACGACGACGAGGUACAACUCUGUGUACUUGUACGGCAUCAACCGACAACAGGAUGUUUGAUCUAUACGGAACAGGAAAGAAAAGGCUUACGAAAGACGGAAGACAAUGGGGGGAGCCACAACAGGCGUUCUGGACAAACGGUAGUCUAAUUUCCUCCGUUGGAUGGGAGGCUCCUUUGUUUGAUUGAGGGGCCAUUCAUAUUCUUCCUCUACCCCAUACAGGCCCAUGGAAUGAGGAUGGUUCUGAUGAGGGGCUGGAUUUCAAGCACUCAUGUCAAUGUCUCAUCUGAGGGCAGGUUGUUAUGGCUCAUACAGCCGAUGUUUGGCGUUUAGCAUAUAUAAUUAUUCAUCAAUGUGGUCUUUGGUGAUUCUACUUUUCUGUCGUUUGACA